AAUCGGUGGGAGAGAAAUGGUAAUGGCCACCGCUUUAUCAGUUUCGUCUCCUUGGCGCCACCACCAUUGUUUCACUUUUUCCAGUUUCGAAAGGUUCAAUUCUGAUUCACUUCAAUUUUUGUGCUUUCCCCCGAAGUUUCAUCCCCAUCGUCCCUCUCUCCCUAUCCGCCUUUGUUCCGAUUCCAAUACGCGCUCGCCACGGUGUCAAUCGGCUGGCCCCGGACCACCUUCACCACCCGACUCCAACACUCCUAGUCCCCCAGGGUUUGUGGGAAAGUUAUUUGUAUUUCAAGAUCAAGUGUGGAUUUUCUUUGCUGUCCUUUUCUGGAUGUCUCUGUUCUUCUGGUCCCCUGCAUCGGAUGGGGGGAAUUCUAGUAGACCCGACAAAGGGUCUCGAUUUAUAAGAUAACCUAGUAAGAUUUUGAUACAUACAUACAUACGUACAUACAUAUAUAAAUUAGAAAUACAUGAAGAAAAUUCAAAUAUGGAUAAUGGACAUGCAAUUGUUUUCGUGCAUGUUCAAUUGGUUUAGUUUUGUUGAGGAAACAU